AUGACCAAUUCGAGGCAAGAACGACCCCUCAGCAACUCUUCGCCUUCCAGGGCAGAAAAGAGGACGACUAACAAUGCACUUUCAGCCACUCAACCAAAACCAGUCCGUAUCAUAUCUCCUCAGGAACUACAGGAUGCCAUCAUGAAUGCAAUGUCCUCUGCGCCUAAAAGUGGCUCUACGCUGACUAUCUCCGCAACAGUUGCGCAACUCUCUGCCGCAUUCGUCUCUCUCGAAAUUACAAACACACCCUCACCCUCGCCCAAUUUCUCGCCUCCAGUUCAACAGUCCCGGAAGCCCAUUUUCAUUUACAGCAUUGCUGCGCCUUCAAUUGCAGUCGCACUCCCCCAGUCAGAUACCCGUUUCGAGACCACCACCCAGUUGGCCUAUGUCAGUAAUUUGAUCCGCAACUGCUUGUCGACUGCAAGCAUCGACGCUCACGGAGGCGUUGGUGCAUUCUUGGAUCCACCCCAGCAGGCCUUAGUCGACGCAAUUCUUCAGGAUGAAGACAGACAAGAUCGGAUACGCUGGUUAACGGCUAUGAUCGUGGAGGAGUUUUCAGCGAGUAGAAGUUUCAGGACAUCGACAAUAUUAUCCGAGGUGAUCCUCCUUGGCCCAUCCCUCAACCAGGAAUAUCACCGGAAACUACUCAAUAUCUUGAUCAUCGAACUCGAUACGACAACAUCGCUGGAAGUUGAUCUACUUCAAGGCAUUUCCCAACUCGGCAAGGUCAAGGACCCGAGUCAUAUUGUAGACCACGAGGCUUUGUUCAGCGUGCUGGACCGAUUGACGGGCAACCCUGAUCCGUAUCUCAAGUACCAGGCAGCCUACGCCCUACAGUGUCUGAUGAACAUUCCGCACGACGAAACGCACCGGGAGUUUGUGUUGCGACAUACUGGAAACAUCGCCAUGGGUCUCCUUGGGGUUACAAGCGUCUGCAAGCUGGGUUUCAGCGGAUUCUCGGAUGGGCUCAGAAACGCUACCACGAGUUCCCUCGAGACUGGUUCUCAGGCUGUAGGGGAAGCUCGAUCGAUGCUGGAGAGCGACGAUGAAAUACUAGCGAUUAUCAAGGGAGGCGUCCUCUCAGGUAGAAGGCAAUUGUGGUAUCCCGCUUUGCGCGAGGCCGAGGAACAUGUUCGGAGCGGUCGGCUGGUGGAUUUCAAUCAUCUCGUCUUUGAAGCACCAUGCUGUCAGGAUGUCGAGUUCCAAUGGGGCAUUUGCCGGCUCCUUGGCGAGAUUGCUGUCGAUCCGUUGUGGAAUGCUGCUACCCGACAGGAUGCUAUUGACUUUCUCGUCGAGCUUUACAAGGAACUUACCAUUCAGGGCCUAGCCGAGGAUGUCAGCAACUGGGUCUUGGAUAUCCUCCACCAGGUCACUGACUUACCAGACAUUACCAUCUCGAGCCAUGCUGAAACGUUGCUUCAAGGUCUGGAACGCAGGGGUUAUGCUGGAGAGAAAACCCUCGACCGCGAUGUUCAAGUCGGCCCUUUCAGCUUUUACCCGCUCCUGACCCGGCAAACCGCUCCAACAUCCUCACCACUGCUUGCCCAAGUUCGAGACUUUUCCGACAUCGACUACGACCUGCACAAGUUACGAGCGCAGCGGCUGGAGAAACGAGAUGACAUUCUCUACAUCCCACCCCAGGGCAAGUUCGCCUUUAACUCUUCCCACAAAGACACAUUCCCGCUCAUGGAAAAGGCGCUGGAGUUUCUGGCUAGCCGCGCACAGGUCUUGCUGUUGUUGGGAGAUUCAGGUGCGGGAAAAUCGACUUUCAGCCUGGAGCUGGAGAACAGUCUCUGGAAGGACUACAAGAGAGGCAAUCCCAUCCCUCUUCACAUCAACCUCGCCGCCAUCGAUAACCCCGCCUUGGAUCUCAUCGGGAAACAGCUGCGCUACCACAACUUUUCGGAAAGUCAGAUUCAGUACCUAAAGCAGCGCCAACAAUUCUUACUCAUUUGCGAUGGUUACGACGAAAGCCGGCUUACGAGAAACUUGCACACGACCAACCACCUCAACAAGCCAGGACAAUGGAACGCCAAAGUCGUGAUCAGCUGUCGCAGUCAGUACCUGGGACCAGAGUAUCGCGCUCGAUUCGAACCAGCAGGCAAUCUAUAUGGACAUAGAGCACCAGCCGAUCUCUCCCAGGAGGUCUUCAUUGCGUCGUUCUCCAUGGCCCAGAUAAAGCUUUAUGUCAAACGUUUUGUAGGGCGGACGUUGUUGGAUUAUGUUCCUGUCCCCGGCCGGCCGCCAUGGGGAGUCGACGACUACACGAACAAGCUCGAUGCGAUCCCUAAUUUGAUCGAUCUCGUCUCCAACCCUUUCCUUCUGACGAUGGCUUUGCGAGCGCUUCCAACAGUGGUUCAGUCCGAGCAGGCCCUCUCCGAUAUUCGACUCACUCGCAUUGGGCUGUACGACAUCUUUACAAAAGAUUGGCUGGAAACCAACAGACUACGACUCGAGGACAGCUUCCUUUCGGAAGAUCUGUCUGCGGCUAUCUUUCAGCACCAGAAAGGACAUCCAGUGAUCGGAUACCUUCACCAGCGGGACGCCCAGAGCUGGAAGGCUAGAUUCUUUGAUCCGGCUAGCCAUGAGGCCACCAUGCUCCGCGAAUCCAGUCCUUUGGCUCGAUCCGGCCAUCGGUACCGUUUCCUUCACCGCUCGCUCUUGGAGUACCUGUAUUCCCGAGUAAUAUUCGACCUAUUUCAUCCCGCCAACCAGCCAGGUGAGGACGACCACCCUAACGUGGAAGGUACCAGUGUGCUUCUUGCCGACCAUCCAUUGAACCAGAGGAGCAUUGUUGAUGAGCCAUCGACUUUGCAGUUCCUGGCCGAGCGCGUUGAGUCGAACGAUUUGUUCAAGACAUGGCUACAUGAUGUUAUUGGGGAGUCCAAAAAGGAUGGAGGGAUCGAACAAGCAGCAGCUAACGCGAUCACGAUUUUGGUCAGGGCAGGAACGCAAUUCAAUGGCGAGGAUCUACAGGGCAUCAGGAUUCCAGGAGCGGAUCUGCGUGGUGGAGAGUUUGAUUCUGCGAACCUUGAAGGGGCGGAUCUGAGUAAUGUCAAUCUGGGCAAGGCGUGGCUGCGGCGGGCGAACCUCACCAAUGCGCAAAUCCGACGGGGAAACCUUGUCGCGUCGACGAAGAACGACAAGAUUCAUGUCUACAAAACCGCAAACUGGACUAAUAUUGCCGAGUAUCAGGGUGGAGGAGCCAUUGCGAUCUCACCAGCUAACGGCGAGCUCGCCAAGAGAGGCGAGAACAAUACCGUGGAGUUGGGUAACGUCUUGACAGGCGAAGCACGAAUCACCCUGCGCGGACACGACCAAACCAUCAGCUGCAUCUCUUACUCAUCCGACGGAACCUAUAUCGCCACCGCAAGCGAGGAUAACACCGUACGGAUUUGGUCGACUCAGUUUGGCGAUCCUGUGCAUGCCCUGGAAAGCCAUACACAACCUGUCCGUGGAGUGACUUUCUUUCCCGACGGCCUUCAACUCGCAUCCUGCAGCCAGGACUCCACAGUGCGCACGUGGGACACCAAGACAGGGCAGGAACUCUUGCGGUUCAAUUAUGAUGUUGAUAUGUUCACCGUGGCUUACUCUCCCAAUGGUCUUCAGCUUGCAGCUGGCGGUGCAAGUCCUCGUGUUCCUGUAUGGGAUGCUCGCACGGGCGACCUUCUUCACGAGUUGACUGGCCAUACUGGAGGAAUUCUCGGUUUGGAAUUCUCCCCAGACGGUCUUCAUAUUGCCUCCUGUGGUCAAGACGGGACCAUUCGCCUGUUCGACGCCCUCAAGGGAACGCCCCUCAACACCUUUUCCGGUCAUCUCUUCGAGGUCACUUGUGCCGCAUACUCGCCAACCAAAGAUUACAUGGCUUCGGGAUCGAGGGACAAGACGGUGCGCAUAUGGAAAACUGGAGAGCCUUGGUCGGAUGCAUUUUCACACAGGCAGGUUGAAGGUAUUGAGUGUCUGGACAUUUCACAAAACGGCAAACUGAUCGCGAUUGGCAAGGCAGAUGGGUCGAUUCACUUUUGGGAGAUAUGGGCCGGCAAACCGAGGAUCAUCUCUACGGGCCAUACGUCCCAAGUCCUGAAGGUGGAAUUCUCACCAAACGGCGAACAAGUUGUUUCAGCGAGCAUGGACGGGACCGCGAGGUUAUGGUGUGCAGAAACAGGAAAGCUGCUACGAGUUUUCGGGGUCCAUCAAAGGGCUGUUAACGACGUUUCCUUCUCGCCCUGCGGCAAACGGAUCGUCUCGGCGAGCGACGACAGGUUGGUGUUGGUCUGGGACGUUGAUAAGGCCGACGAACCUGAGUCCUACUUGAUUGGCCACGAGAGCAAGGUCCUGGGGGCCACUUUUUCGCCGGACGGGGAACAGGUUGUGUCCUGCAGCAAGGACGGAACUGUGCGGGUUUGGGACAUUUCUUCACGAAAACUCUUCGCCCUUGCGUCUUUUGAAGGCGUUGAACAAGUGUUCUAUACCCCAGAAGGUGGCCAAGAACUCAUGUUGGUGUCGAUAGCAGCCCACAAUCUUUCCCGCUGGAAUCCACGAUCUAGUCGGAAUUUUGAUGGACAGCACGAGUUGAUCGAUCUGGAUGUGGUCUGCUGUUCACUAUCACCAUGUGGCAAGCUCAUGGCAACAGGAGGAGACAGGGGUAGCUUAGAGCUCUGGGAUCGGAUCUUGGGUACCUUGAUCGUCGACUCGAUAAUUGGGCUCACGUACGCGAUCGGGUGGAGGCAAGGGUCCGAGUGCUUGUACCUGUCGACGGUGGGACUGGAUACGCUGAAAGUUUGGAAGCUGGAGCAGAAGAAGGAUGGGUAUCAUUUGCAGCUGCUUUGGAGGAUCGGGCUGAGGGAGCUUUCUUUGGUGGGUGCGAAUUUGGAGGGGGUUGUGGGAUUGGAUCCGUUUGACCUCAAGUUGAUGAAGCAGCAUGGCGUUAAAGGUACUCCUCACGAAUAA